AUGCAGAGAUACAAAAUAUUUCUUUUUCAGAUUGCAAUUCCUGGUAAUGUUCGAUUAAGAUGUAUUUCCUGGAAUAAGGAUCAAGGUUUCAUAGCUUGUGGUGGAGAGGAUGGAUUACUGAAAGUUUUAAAAUUAGAAACACAGACAGAUGAAACAAAAAUAAAGGGACUUGCAGCUCCUAGCAAUCUUUCUGUGAAUCAGACUCUUGAAGGCCAUAGUGGGUCUGUGCAAGUGGUGACAUGGAAUGAACAGUAUCAAAAACUGACUACCAGUGAUCAAAAUGGACUCAUCAUUGUGUGGAUGCUGUAUAAAGGUGCUUGGUAUGAAGAGAUGAUUAACAACAGAAAUAAAUCUGUUGUUCGAAGUAUGAGCUGGAAUGCUGAUGGACAAAAGAUUUGUAUUGUAUAUGAAGAUGGAGCUGUGAUUGUUGGAUCAGUGGAUGGCAAUCGCAUUUGGGGAAAAGACUUGAAAGGUACCCACCUGUGCCACGUGGCCUGGUCUUCUGAUAGCAAAGUUUUACUCUUUGGAAUGGCAAAUGGAGAAAUUCACAUUUAUGACAAUCAGGGAAAUUUUAUUGUGAAAAUGAAACUGAGUUGUUUGGUGAACUUAACAGGACCAUUCAGUAUUGCUGGAAUACAUUGGUAUCAUGGAACAGAAGGCUACAUUGAACCCAACUGUCCUUGUCUUGCUGUCUGUUAUGACAAUGGAAGAUGCCAGAUAAUGAGAGAAGAGAAUGACCACAAUCCUGUUUUGCUUGACACUGGUAUGAAUAUCGUAUGUAUUCAGUGGAACCACUGUGGAAGCGUACUGGCGGUGGCAGGCUCCCUGAAAGCAACUUCUCAAGAUAAAGAUGUCAACAUUGUGCAGUUCUAUACUCCGUUUGGUGAGCAUUUGCGCACACUGAAAGUUCCUGGCAAACAGAUAUCUGCUUUGUCUUGGGAGGGGAGUGGACUGAAAAUUGCUCUGGCUGUUGAUUCUUACAUCUAUUUUGCAAACAUUCGUCCAGAUUACAAGUGGGGUUACUGCUCCAAUACGGUUGUUUAUGCGUACACUCGCCCCGAUCGCCCAGAAUACUGUGUAGUCUUCUGGGACACAAAAAACAAUGAGAAGUAUGUGAAAUACGUCAAGGGCUUGAUUUCCAUAACAACUUACGGAGACUUCUGUGUUUUAGCAACUAGAGCAGAUGAAAAUCAACCUCAGGAGGAGCAUGAGACGGAUUCAAUUGGUGCAACGUAUGUGCUGGUUCUCUGCAAUUCUCUUGGCACUCCCUUGGACCCAAAAUACAUCGAUAUUGGGCCGUUGUUUGUCACAAUGACCAAAACACACGUGAUAGCAGCUUCAAAAGAAGCGUUUUACAUCUGGCAGUAUCGCGUGGCCAAGAAGCUCACAGCAAUGGAAAUUAAUCAAGUAGCACGGACCAGAAAGGAAGGCAGGGAAAGGAUUUAUCAUAUUGAUGACAGCCCUUCAGGAUCUGGAGAUGGACACCUUGAUUACAGCAGAGCUACUGAA